AUGGCUUGGGCCUACAAUACUCACGAUGACACGCUGACUUGGGGUCCGAAGAUUGCGAUUGUAUCAAUGAGCUUUACUGGAGGGUCUCUUUUUGUUAUGCUCGCAAGACUAUAUGUUCGCGCCUUUUUAGUCAGGGCAUUAGGAUACGACGAUCUCCUGAUUUUCAUUUCCUGGCUGGGGGCGUGCGGCUACACAGUUACCACAGUCAUCCAGACAAAAUGGGGAUUGGGUAUUAUGAGUCUUGAUGACAUGCCGAAGCAGAACUUAUUUUAUUUUCAGCUUUCACAAUAUAUUGGCGCGCCACUUUAUGUUAUCAGUAUAUGGGGCUUCAAGAUAAGCCUGUUGCUUUCUUUCCUGAGGUUUAUCCCCAUGCCCAUGUACCGCAAGGUCAUCAUCGCAAUCAUGGUCAUCAUUACGACGGCGCAUAUUGCCUUCUUAUGCGGCUUCCUAUUUCUAUGCACACCUAUCUCCAAACAGUGGGAUCCUAGCAUCACAUGGGGACAUUGCGCAGCAGGUCUGCCUUUCUAUCUCAGCUUUUCAGCUCUCACUAUAGUAUUCGACGCUACGGUCAUGAUCGUCCCCCUCCCCGUGCUCAUCAAAGCACAAAUACAAACGCCCCGCAAACUAAUUCUCCUUGCGCUCUUCGUCUUGGGUAUCUUCGUCACCAUCAUCCAAAUUAUCCGAAUCGACACCAUCAAAAACCUUUCCAACUACAUCAACUCUGCCAUUUCUAUCAUAUGGUCCAUCAUCGAGACCGAUACGGGCAUCAUCAUUGCGUCCAUUCCGACACUGCCGCCGGCCGUCAAGGCAGUGUCCGCGAGGCUGCGAGGAGCUGCGACACGGUCGAAGAACUCAUCACAGGAUACAGACACAACUAUGGUGCCUUCAUCUUCACAUUCAAAUGCGCCACUCAGACUGGAAAUGGACUCAUGGGGCUGUCCCAAACCAGCAGUGCCGCGAUGGGGCAGUCGGGACGAGUACGACGAGGAGCUGGGCUUUGUCGGGUCGGAAAGCCCGGUAGAUGAUACCAGCAGCGCCGACCGAAUACUCGGCCCAAUCAGCCCGAUAAUGAGGACAAAGGGGCCCAUCAGAAGCCCGACAAUUAGGGUGGUUUAUAUACCAAGACGAUACUCUACGGAGUCGGUCGAAUCGCCGCAAAGCCCGUAUUCACAACGGACGCUGCACUGGAAAAGCAGCACAAAUCGGUAA